AUGAUGAAUGAUAAUCGAAAAUCACCUUCUCGACGCGGUAUUAUGUUUUUUGUGGCACUAAUGGUCUUCAUCAUUGGAAUCCAGGGAACCUAUCUCGGCUAUGUUGUCGGGGUGUUGACAACUCUAGAGAAAAGAUUCGGGUUCACGAGUGAGAAAACGGGGUUUCUUCUCUCAUCUUAUGAUCUCGGACACACGAUUGCGAUUCUUUUGGCUGGAUAUUUUGGAUCAAAAGGACAUUUACCGAGAAUCACUGGAGCUGGUGUUUUUCUGAGCGGCCUUAGCAUGCUCCUUUUGGUGCUUCCAGCUGCAAUCUUUCAAUUGAGUGAAUCCGAAUCAGAGAAAGAUCUCAAAUUGGAGCGUUAUUCUCGUAACUUCAAAUGCAAUGCUGAUCGUUAUGAGUCAAGUGAAACUCAAAACUGUGAAGAUGAACACGAGGAGCAUUUGUGGGCAUUCAUUCUCUUAUUGAUCGGUCAAUUCUUUGCCGGUGUAUUCGCGGCUCCAUUCAACACCCUAGCCUACGUUUAUAUUGAUAACAAUGUGGAAGAUCGGAGGCAAUCACCGUUUUUAUUGGGUCUUUUGACAAGUAUGUAUGCUUUUGGACCAGCGUUGGGCUUCGGACUUUCAGCGCUAACAACAAGGAUCUACACGACUUUAGAUGAAGCUCCACAUCAUAUCUCGAAAUAUUCAACUGAUUGGAUUGGUGCCUGGUGGGCGGGUUUUCUUGUCUGCGGUUUCCUCUACCUCGUCUCGGCUGUGCCAUUCUUUUUCUUCCCAAAAUCUUACAAUUCACAAGAGGGUGUCGAAAUGCAUCCCCUCAAACAUCCCCAUCUUCCACCAGGCACAAUAACAGAUGAACCAAAGACAAGCUGGCAGAGCUUCGUUGAGAAGUGUCGAGAAUUUCCUUACGUGGUCCUCGAUCUAUGCAAGAAUCCCGUCUUCACCUCAAUGGUUGUUGGAUGGACAUUUGGUUCAUAUCUGGUGGCUGGUUACACGACUUUCCUUCCUAAAUACAUUGAAACACAAUAUGGAAAGAGUGCGAGUGCAGCCGAUUUCUAUUCAGGCAUAAUAUCCGUUGGUUCAAUCGCUAUCUCGACAGCACUUGGCGGCUGGUUGUUGACUCGUUUCGAUAUUGGCCCAAGAAAGGGGAUACUGUUGUUAAUCGCAUCAUGGUUCUGUAUCGUGGCUGCUUACGUAGCCGGGACAUUUGUCGGUUGUGAACAAGCAAAGAUCAGUGGUUUGCACUAUAAAGAAACGACAACG